UAGAGAAGUUGAUAUCGAUCAUUCUUUACGUUUAGUUGCAUUAAUUGUCUGCAAUCAUGAAAUCUUUCCUUUCUUCCUUUGCGUUCCUCUCACUUCUCCUGUUUGCCGACACCAUAGCAGCAGCUAGAAAAGAUGCUGGGGAAUACUGGAGAGCUGUAAUGAAAGAUCAACCUAUGCCAGAAGCAAUCGAAGGACUUAUUAGGGUUGAUGCUGUCUCCUCCUCCUCCUCCUCCUCCUCCAACGAGAAAACCAACUGCCAUACACCUACCAGCUUUGAGCUGAGGGAAGAGAAGAUCAUUGUUGAGGAUUUUGAACGAGCUAGGCCUCAGGGAGAUGAUCGGAAGAGGAAGCCUUCAUUUGCUGAUGAUUUCGAACCAAGGCCAAACAUUUCUGCUUAUGGUGAUGAUGCUAAUCUAAAAGGAAAGAAAUCGUCAGCAUUUACUGUCGAUUUUGAACCGAGGCCAAACGUUUCUUCUUACGGCGAAGAUGGUGAUGCUGGUCUUAAGGGAGAGAAAAAAUCAUUUACUAGUGAUUUUGAACCAGGGCCAAACAUCCUCAUUUACCAUGACUGAAAUUGAAACAAAACCUUGAUAGCUUAAAUAUUUUCCAGUACUAUGGUUUGGUUUGUGCUUGUUGCUAUGGUUCUGUUCUGUCAGAAAUAAACUCGUCAGGAGAUGUGUUUUCUUUAUAGAAAUCACAUCUAAACGAGAAUUAUUAGGAAAGUAAAAAUAUGAUGUUUUUGUGUCUUAUUGUAAAAUAGCGGGUGUUUUUAUUAUAUUAUAUGAAUAAAUAUGU